ACAUAUUCUUCAUCGAAAAAAAAAAAACCGAUCUCUGUCCGAAAAUUCGUGCGAUUUUUCCUGGGAAUCUGCGAGAGUUUGAUUGAAAAUGGUACGAGGAAAACUUGUAGUUCAACUUGUUGGAGCUAAAGGCCUUGAAAACACUGAUUUUCUCAAUGAUAUGGAUCCAUAUGUGAUCUUAACUUGUAGAUCUCAGGAGAAAAAGAGCACUGUUGCAUCAGGGAAGGGAUGUGAACCAGAAUGGAAUGAAACAUUUGUUUUCUCCAUUUCUGAGGGUGCUGAAGAACUCUUCUUGAAGAUAAUGGACAGUGAUUCUAUCGGUGAGGACGAUUUUGUCGGGGAAGCUAAGAUACCAAUUGAACCAGUUUUAUCAGAAGGGAGCAUCGAAAUAACAUGUUAUAAUGUUGUUAAAGAUGAGGAAUAUUGUGGAGAAAUUAAAGUUGGUCUCACCUUUACUCCUGAGGAAUAUUCUGAGAGGGAGCAUGAAGAAGAGGAGAACCUUGGUGGAUGGAAAGAGUCUUCUUAUUGAUGUGAAACAUAACUCGAUUGAUCAAUUUGUUCUUGUUUAGAUUAUGAACUUCCAAGUAUUUAUUCGUUCGUUAUAACAUUUCGGGUGUCAAAGUGUGGAUUUCAUAUAGUAAAAAGAAAAAGAAACGGGCUAUUUUGAGUCCAAAUGUGCUUCCACUUUACAGCAUGCAGUGGAAUGAAAAUGUUGGGAUUUUCUUUUCA